CAAUCUUCUGCCAGUGCCAACGAAACCAAUCUGCCACUUUCGUCAAAUCAAAUUGGUUCUGCCAUUGUAAAAUGGACCCAUGUAGAGGGUGCUGAUUAAUGAUUCUAUUUAUUCUUUAUUUCGCCUAAUAAAACUUUUCAAUAAUAAGUAAAAAUGAGCGUGUUUAAGUCAGCCAUGGGCUACUUUAGCUCCAGUGGUGCUAACGGUGGAAGCGACAAUGAAUUCGUGGGUCAAUUUGUUGAAAUUGGGAAUAUGAAACUGAGAGUCAAAAAAGUGAUUGCAGAAGGUGGUUUUGCGUUUGUGUUUGUCGCCCAAGACGUGUCAUCUGGCACUGAAUAUGCUCUAAAGAGACUCAUGGCGGCUGACGAGCAGGCAAACAAAAAUAUAAUCCAAGAAAUUAGUAUAUUAAAAAAGUUAUCGGGGCAUCCCAAUGUUAUUAAAUAUAUAGCCGCUUCAUUUAUUGAUAAGUCAAAGACCUCGCAUGGAAUGGGGGAGUAUUUGUUGUUGACGGACCUGUGCAGCGGGGGCAGCUUGAUGGAGGCCCUUCAGAACCGAGGGCAGGCCUUCCCGCUGCCAACUAUCCUCAGGGUGUUCUACCAGACAUGCAAGGCAGUGCAACACAUGCACGCACAGGUUCCUCCAAUCGCCCAUCGUGAUCUCAAGCUAGAAAAUUUCUUAAUAUCUAAUGAAGGUACAAUGAAACUCUGUGAUUUUGGUUCUGCAACUACUGACGUGUAUUCACCUAAUCCUUCCUGGAGUGCUAAUCAAAGAAAUAUGUUAGAAGAAAACUUGGCCCAGUUCACGACGCCCAUGUACAGAGCCCCAGAGAUGUUAGACACCUGGGACAACCGGAAAAUAGACCACUCGGUGGACGUAUGGGCGUUAGGUUGCAUACUGUACACCCUCUGUUAUAUGCAGCACCCGUUCGAGGACUCGGCUAAGUUGGCCAUAUUGAAUGGGAAUUACAACCUCAACCCUAACGAUCAGCGCUACAAAUGUUUACAUGAAAUCAUAAACGGCUGUCUGACGGUGAGCCCCGAGCAGCGGCUGACCAUUAGCGGGGUGCUGGAGCGGCUGGCGGCCGUGGCGGAGUCCAACAAUAUCAAUCUCAAGCAACCACUCAAAUUUGAGCGUAAAAAAGUUGAACAAUCUGUGGCCACUAGCUCGCCAGCGGUGAGCAAAGAACCGAUAGCAAGCAGCCAAGAGGUGCCAAACUCGCGGCCGCCAGAGCCGGCGCGGCCCCCGCCGCCCGCGCGGCCGCCGGCGGCGCCCCACUACCCCCUGCCACCGGCGCCCGGGAACUCGGGAGGCCUAUUCUCCUCGAUAAAAGGUGGCGCUGGCAGCUUCUUGAAGAAUCUGAAAGACACCUCAUCGAAGGUCAUGCAGACUGUUCAACAGUCUAUAGCGCGAACAGAUUUAGACAUGAGUUACAUUACAAGUCGCGUGCUUGUGAUGCCGUACCCGUCCGAGGGAUUGGAGAGCGCAUAUAAGACUAAUCACAUUGACGACGUCAGGGCCUUCUUAGAAACGCGGCACCCCGGCGGCAAGUACUGCGUGUUCAACCUGUACCGCGGCGGGCGCCUGCACUUCCCCCGGCACGCGACGGUGGCGGACGCGUGGCAGCUGUGGCCCACCCCCGCGCACCGCGCCCCUCUCCUCGCCCCACUCUACAGGCAACUGCAGAGCAUGUACCAGUGGCUGGGCCGUGAUGAGCGCGCCGCCGCUGUCAUCGCUUGCCAGGACGGCAAGUCGAUGUCGUGCAUGGUGGUGUGCGGGCUGCUGUUGUACGCGAAGCUGGUGACGGUCCCGGAGGACGCGCUGCAGAUCUUCGCCGUGAAGCGCGCGCCCGCCAACAUGCCGCCCAGCCAGCUCCGAUACCUAUACUAUCUCAAUAAUAUUAUUAGGCCAGAACCAAUACUCCCGCACUUCAGGCCAGUCACUCUAGUCUCCCUAACUAUUCAACCGGUACCUUUAUUUACGAAAGCCAGGGACGGUUGUAGACCAUUCAUAGAAGUAUUCAACGAAGAUAGGGUUCUGUUGUCGACGCUACAAGACUACGACAGAUUGCACAUGUACACAGCACAGGAAGGCAAGGUGACGUUACCACUAGACACGACGGUCUGCGGGGACGUGAUGGUAGUAGCAUCGCACGCGCGCCAGCAGCUCGGCCGAGUGCACACCGUGCCCAUGCUGUCCGUGUCCUUCCACACCGGCUUCCUGCAGCCCACGCAGCACGCCAUCAAGUUCACCAGAACUGAGAUCGACGGCAUAGAAGACACAACCCCGGUCAACGACCACUUCCCCUCCAACGUCUCUGUCGUCAUUAGCCUCGUGGUCCAGAACGGGGAGCGCCGCAAGCCGCGCUCUGACCCCUGGGAGGAGGACCACUCCUUCCCGGUGCGGACGCCGGACGUGCUGUUCUCCACCACGCUGGAGAGAGACGAGACCAUCGAUAACUUUGCUAACCUCCGAAGCAACCCUACGGCUAUACCGUCCACAAUGACAGUGGAGCCUCCCACGGAGGCCUUGCCGCCGCCCUCGCGGCCCGCUCCCCCCGCGCCCGCGCCCGCGCCGCCGCGCCCGCCGCGCCCCGCGCCGCCCGCGCCCUCCCCGCCGCCCGCCCCCGCCGACACCGCGGACUUCCUCAACCUCGCCACGCCCAAACCCAAGGACGAGAAGAAGCUUAAGACCGAGGACUCGUUCGACUUCUUCGGGAUGAUGGAGAAGCGGGACGACGCGUUUGGAGAUUUUCUUGGCGGGCGGGCGGCGCCUGACGAUCCUCAGCCGUUCUCGUCGGAAUCCAUAUUCGGUUCGGUGCCGGCGCCGGCGGCGGACGCCCCGGUGCCGGCCGCGGACCCCAACUUCGACCCGUUCGGGCUUAACGAGCCGCUACCCAAGCAGGACAACCUGCUCACUCCGCAGCUAGUCAAAGAGGAUGUCCGAUCACAGAGCGUGCCUCUAGAUCAGCUGAAGAAGGACCCGUUCGCGGACCUCGGCCUGCUGGGGUCCAACAUCGGGCCCGGCUCGGCGCCGGGCGGCUCGGCGCGCGCCUCGCCCGCGCACGCGCCCGCCCCGCCCGCGCCGCACCCCGCCACCCCCGCCACCCCCGCCCGCUCCCCGCAACACCAGCCCGACUACAGUCGAACACACUUCGAGCCAGCCAAAACACCAAUGGAUGACAAGCCAAAGAAGCCGGCGGAUGUGUUUGGAGACCUAUUAGGCAGUCAAGGCUACGAGUUCGCGGCCAAAAAAGACUCUGGCCCGCGGACUAUGAACGCCAUGCGUAAGGAAGAGAUGGUCAAAGAAAUGAACCCGGAGAAGAUUAAGAUACUUGAUUGGACGGAAGGCAAGAAGGCGAACAUCCGCGCGCUGCUGUGCUCGCUGCACACGGUGGUGUGGGAGGAGUGCCGCUGGGCGCGCGUCGACAUGGCGCAGCUCGUGUCGCCCGCCGACGUCAAGCGCAACUACCGCAAGGCCUGCCUCGCCGUGCACCCCGACAAGCAAAUGGGCACGGACAACGAGAACAUCGCGAAAAUGAUCUUCAUGGAGCUCAACAACGCCUGGAGCGACUUCGAAAACGACGCUAAGCAGCAGAAUCUCUUCCAGUCUUAACUUAACAAUGUCCUAAGUUACGUACGUUCUCAUCAAACUAAAACUAGGGAUACCAGACAAAGGAAUAAUAUUGUAGCCGGGAAUUUGGCAGCUGAGGUAGAUAACGCUAUACGGGUGUACUGGAUAUUCAAAUGCACCGAUAAUAUUAUCAAUGUGUGUCUGUUUCAAGCAAGAGGUUGAAAAUCUACACAAACUUACUUAGUUCAACAGCGCAUUUGGAAAUGGACAAACGAACGUACCUACUCUUGAGUGAGACGAUCGUUGUCCAUUUCUAAACCGCAGUGUACAACAUCAGUCUAUAGCAACACUAUUGUGCAGAACUUUAGAUUAAAAUUAAAAGGGCAUCUCGUGAUGAUUAAAAUGCUUCCUCCAUUUGUUACUUCCGGGUUCCUUUACCGAGUCAUUGGAUUUUGUUUUGCUAAAAUUGGUUGAUGAAUGGUAUUUAUUAUUUUAUGUAACUACGAAUAGUGAAAUAUCCAAUCUGUAAUAGCCUAAGUAUUUACAUUCUACCACAUUUUGGUGUUGGCUAAGUCAUACUUACAUUAAUAUCAACGGAAAAGAUACUCCAUUAGCAUUUACUGUUAUACUUUGAAUAAGAGAGAUCCAAAAUAUACGUAUUCGUACAAACGUUAGGCUUGUAUUAGUACAGUUUACGUUAUGUGUGGACCUACUACUGAAGAAUACCAAAUAAAAGCCGUCUUUUUCGCUUCAAUAUAAUUGUAACGAGUAUUAGACGCAAAUUAUUUACGUGCACAUGCCCCCCAAGUAAAAAAUCUUCCAGAUGGUAAAAUUAUAUAAAUAGAUUUUUGACGUUAAAGAAUAAUAAAUAUGCAUGUAAUAUUAUUCAUUGUUUAUGAUUUAACUCGAUAUACACACAAGAAUAUAUUCAUGAUGCUGUUAUGUUCAACGUUAAGAUAAUAGUCAAAUGUAUAAUAUUAAGCACAAUAAGUUUGUAGCGUUAGCAGCUCAAAUUAUUGCUGAAAAAAUAACUAAAUAAUGUAUAUUCGGGAAUGUGGGUAUAAAAACGCCUUACGGAUGUUAUAAAUAGGAUAUUCUGCCAAACAGCGUUUCAGCAACUACUUUUGGGAACAAAGUAACUAAAAAUGUCAAGUCUAAAUCAUACAGAUUUUCUGGGAAACUUUCGUAUUUGUCAUGCUACUUCAGUCAACCUCAGUACUUUUUGUAUUGAGGUUGACUGCAAUAGCAUAACACGUUCGAGCGUUUUCGUGAAAAUACGAUGGAGAAGGAUUAUUCACUGCAUCUGUCACUGUCAUUUCUCUGUAGGCAGCAAUGUGUGCCUUCGAGAUUCACGACAUAAGGUUCAUGUUUGCUUGAGGGCAAUAAUAAUUAUACUUGUAUCGUCAAUUUAUCACCAUUCGGAGUACAACGGCCGAACUUAGGAAGUAUCUGGUCUUAGUACUAUCUUAAUGUAAUAUGUUUAAAUAUUUUAAACAAUAUUCAACUGAAUAUGGAAUAUUCGGAACAAUUUAGUGGAUUUAAAGCCAGGUGUUCAUUGUUCGAAAGUAUCUUCUGAAACGCUGCAUGGCUACAACCAUUAACAUAGAUAUCUAGGGACUGGCCUUACGGGCAAUAAUAAUGAGGCAUGACAGGGGCCAGUACAGUGGUGUGACACCGUUACAACGCGAUUGGUUGACGAGUUCGCAUCACGCGCGCGAUUGGUUGACGAGUUCGCAUCACGCGCGCUAUUAUUCGCAACUACUUGCGUUAGACUGCACGAUUGGCUGGAAUUUGUGAGUCACACCGCUGAACUAGUACCAUUUUUAGUGCCCGUAAGGCCCGUCCACAGAUAUAUACGUCAAUGGCUACAAUGGCUUAGCGUGUUAGCUUCUCCAAUGCUGGAUAGAAACUAUUUGAUAGCAAGUGCAAUAAUUUUCAAUGUACAGUAAUUUCGCUAUGAGGUUUGUCAAUUAGGAUUACUCACUCGUAAUUAAGAAUAAUUCAUCUGUUACGAGAAAAAAAAUGAGAUAGAAAAUACAGAGUUAGAGCUAAUUCAAGUCUAGAUGUCGGUGUUUAAGUACUGUCACGGUGUUUACUGCAGAAACCACUUUACGGGAACCAUUUGUCAGAAUUUACUGGUCUAUUAUAAUUGAGCGCUGUCGAGCAACGAACAAUUUCAGACCUCGAUGUCCAGUAAAAAGGCUAUACGAAAUAUUUUUAGUUUCUUACAUGUCUAGUUUUUAAAGGUUACUGCAGCUUAUUUCUUUGCACCGAAAAUAUAGCAAUAUAUAAAUACUAUAAGAUUCGUUAUAAAAAAAAACUCCAAUGUUAUACUGUGGUACUUAUUUAGGCUUAUAAGAUUUCUGGUUAGGUGCGUACAUUCCUAAUGUAAUUUCGUGAUUAUAUUUUGUAGGUUUUUCUCAGUUUGCAAGGUGAUAACACUUGUAUCGCUAUCAAUGCACGCACCCAAUACAAUAAAAUGUAUUUGAGGUGCAAAAUUUUUUGAGUUGACUCUCAUUUAUAAGUUUUGUACGAUCUGUAUCGCUUCAUUGUGGUCUGCAGAAUAAAUGUAAUGUUCCUUUAGUAUUUUAAUUUCAAGCUGUAGUUAUAUCUGUCUAUGAUUGUAAUAUUUUGAGCCAGUGAGUACAAUCGCACGAAAGUGUGUGUUGAAAUGUAUAUUUUGCUUAGUGAUUAUAAUAGCUAUGUGCAAUUCAUAAUAAAAUUGUUCAAAUGAAAAGAAAUGAUUAUGGAA